CGCGCGGGUUUCCGGUCCAGGUCGGAGGUGGCCCCGCCCACUGUUUGCGCGUGCGUAGACGCUGCAGGAGACGGCGGUAUGGUCUCUACGAUCUUUGCGGGGUCUCUGGUGGCCUCCGUCUGGAGAGCGACAAGAUCUUCCCUUCUGAAAAAUUCUUUGAGGAAAGUGAGUUACCAAGAAGGAAAAUCUGAACCCGUGAAGCAACCUCUUAAGAAGUCAAAGUUGCCUGUUGGUCGUUUUGAUGCUCCGGAGGAUUUGCACAUGGAGAGGGAGCCACUGAAGAAGUUCCCAGGUGAUGUUAAUCCAGUUACCAAAGAAAAAGGCGGACCCCGGGGCCCGGAGCCUACACGAUAUGGAGACUGGGAACGGAAAGGACGCUGUAUCGACUUUUAAGUCACACAUUCUUCCACUGCAGAGUCAUUUUCUGAAUGACCUUACUGCACACUGUUUUCUUUCUCUAUAUCCUUUAAGUCAUGUGAUUUUCAUCCUAUUAUUAUUAUUCUUUUGGCUUUUCGAGACAGGGUUUCUCUGUGGAGCUUUGGAGCCUGUCCUGGAACUCACUCUGUAGACCAGGCUGGCCUGGAUCUCACAGAGAUUCACCUGUCUCUACCUCCUGAGUGCUAGGAUUAAAGGCGUGGGCCACCACCUCCCGACUUCAUCCUAUGUUUUAAAAGACAUGUGCUAGCCAUGAAGAACAAAUGCUGCUAUAGAUUAGGAAGGUGGAGACACUUUGCCAUUAGCCCAUGUUAACUUUGACUUCUUGGAGUAGAGAGUGUGAUGAGAGCUGGAAGCCUUUGCCAUGGUCUUUAUCGACUUAAUCAGUUGCUUAUUAAAUGCACAUGUAAAUAAAUUAUUUUUAAAGAUA